AUGACUAAAAAAUAUUAAAAAAUCACAAAAAACCCUAAAAUUAGAAGACAGAUAAUCAAAUUAAGAAAGCGAGGUUACACUAAUAAAUAAAUAUCAAAAAUUUUAAGUGCUUAAACAAAUACAAGAAUUACUGAAAAGACUGUCGAAAGCAUCAAAACUGUCGAAAGAAAAUCAAAAUUUUUACCCUAUAUACAAAAAGCUAUAGCACUAAUUUUCAAUUCAAUUCUAAAUAAACAUCACUAUUUAUUAACAAUAUCAAAUGAAAAAAUAUAAAGAAGAAGGGUGUCGUUACUUCUAAAAAAGGAGUUUCCGUAGCCCUUUCCUCUUUUCUCUUAACGAACUCAUUAAAAAUGUAUUAAUAAAAUUUUAUUUAAAAUUAAUCCUGACUUAUAAUAAACUGAUAAUAAUGAAGAUUCCAUUAGCUAUUCUUAAGAGACCUAAUCUUAAGUAUAAUAAAUAUUAUCACCAAGUAUAUUUAUAAAUGAUGAAUACUAAAUGAACUCAAUUUAAGAAGGGAUGACUGAUGAUUUAAAUUUUGAUUGA